AUGCCGGAAACGAGGGCAUAUGCUCUCCUGGAGGAAGGAAGGCGGACUAUCGAGGAGUCCCAAGCCGGCCCACGCGGCUGGCAUGAUCGGAAGUGGCCUGACGGUGAAGUCCCGGAGAAGAUAAGGAAGAUUGCAGGAUGGAAGCGCGCCAUGAAGGAUUUCAUGAACCAAGACGCCAAGCUGAACGACUUGGUUGCCUUGUUCACCCAGAAGUUCGUGCAGCUCGGGCAGAGCCGAAACUUCACGCUGAGCACCUUGAUGGACAUGGCCUGGACGGUUUUGAUCCUGACCUGGGAGGCGGUGGUGAACGAGAAACUGCCAAUGAUGGAAGAGGUGGAGCGAGGCUUUAAAGAGAAAUACGAGGACCUGAUGAAGGCGAUGAUGGAAGUGCGCAGGCAGUACCUCGCUGAGGUCACGGAGCUCAGGGAUCGCAUCCGCAGCAGCACGCUAAGCAGCUCCAUGCAGGCCGCGCUGGCCGAAAUCACAGCGGGGGACGAGGGUGAUGGCGGUGACCAUGGCAUCUACAGAUUUCAGCCGGAGAUAGCACUGGACCCGAAGACCCAGGAGUACUUCAAGGCGGCAAUGCAAGAAAACAUGAAGAUCGCACUGACGAAGGGUGCCGCAGCUGCUGGUGAGACGAUACAGCUGCUCAUGAGCCAGCUGACGGAUGCACAGAGCGAGCUUGAGAAGCUUCGAGAGCAGCUUGAAGACGCCUUGCUCCAAGCGAAGCUCAGCGAAGGCAUCGAAAAGCGCCCUCCACCGCCGAGGAAGGUGUCCGUGGUGGAUGCGUCCUCUCAAGAACAGGUGAAGAAGCUUCAAGCGGAACUGGAUGCUUUGCGGGCCGAGUCCGACGCGGCGAAGCAGGACAGCGAGAGGCAGAAGGCCAUCCUCCAGGUCUUCGGACUUGAGGCUAGCGCCACUCUCGACGAUGCCAGGAAGCUCUGGGAGUCGCUGAACUCUCCCGGGGACGAUUGGGCCGGAGAGGUGGAGAAGCUGCGCGAGAAGAACAAAGCUCUGGUAAAGCAGUCCAAAACCUUGGAAGAGGAGCUGGCAGAGUUCAAGAAGAAGAAUCAUGAAGAAACCUGCCGGAAGCUUCAAAGCCAAGUUUCUGACCUGCAGGCGGAGAUAGAGAAGCUCAAGCAGCAGCUGGCCACCAAGAACCUCCCCUCGAAAGGAGAUGGUGCCGAGGAAAACGAAGCUCUGAAGAGGCAACUGGCCAUGUUGAAGAAGCAGGUUGAAGCAGCGGGCAAAGGUGACGCCGUGAAGGACUUGAUGAAGCAAAACGAAGCGCUGGAGGCAGAGCUUGCAGCGCUCAAGAAGCAGCUCACGGAGAAAGUGGCCGAGGUCCAAGAGACCACGAAGGUGGCGGAUGCCGCGAGGAGGCAAUCCACGGACCUCAUGGGCCAGGUGGAGCUGAUGAAAAAGGAGCUCGAGCGGGCCAAGAAGGACCUGGACAGCGAGCGACGUCGCAGCGCAGCCCUGGAGGCGGCUGUUGAGGCUUUUGAAGAAGGGGCGAAUGGCGACGGCCAGGGGCUCGCUGAGGCCAACAAUCGUGUGCGGAAGCUGGAGCAAACGCUGAAGGGAGCCCGCGAGGAGAACGACUCGCUCAAGAAGGAGAAUGGUGUCCUCAAGGAACAACUCGAGGAGGCCAAGAUCAUGCGGAAGGCGCUGGAGCAGGCCAUGGAGGAGCUGCGGAGGAAGUUCGAGGACUUCAAGAGGCGGCUGCAGGAGAAGGGCGUGGAUGUCAGCAUCCUCGACGAAGCCCUGGCCGAAGCGGGCAUGCCGCUGCAUCCGAUGAGCGUUUUCGACCGGCUCUACAAAGAUGCCAUCCGCAGACAGAAUCGUUCGCAGGAGAAGUGGGUGGUCGACAUGCGUAACGCGCAGCAAGAGACCUGGGAGCGCAUCCUUGGCAUCUACGACGGCCCGCCGCUAACGAAGGAGCAGGUGAAUGCCUUGGUGGAGAACGGACUGAUCGACAUCAGGAUGUUCGGCAUGGAGCCGAAGGAAACCAAGGAGGCACCUCGAAUGUUCUGCCCGCGCUGCGGCUCCACGAUGAGGGCCUCCACGCCCGACGACGCCUCUGCGCAGCCCCGGCCGCACACGCAUGGCGCGAGCCUCUCCGAGCGGUCGAAGCCCAAGCUGGAGCGUGUCCGCACCUGGGCGGGCAGCGUGACAUCGCUACGCACUGCCGGAGCCGUGGCUGUUCCACAAGGUGCCCUCACGUACACGAAUGCAGAGGCCUUUACACGAAAGGACCUCUAUCUGGACAUUGUGGGAUUCCAUCCUGCUUCUCCGCUUCAAGAGAGGAGACCCUUCGCCAUCGUGAGCGAGGCAGACCAGUAUCGGAAGCACUGUCGCUUGCAGCGCUUCACCGAGCCCAAUGCGCUGGACCCGGAGCGGGACUUUUUGUAUCGGACUCAUUCCGGUGUCAAUGGAUGGCGCAUGUGUGAGUGUUGCUGGGCAUGGUAUAGCUACCUAGCUUGCAGUGACGUUGCUUCCAAUGCUGCCAAUCCCGGAUGCAGUGUGACACGAUUCCUGGUUCGGUGCUCCCUGGGUAAGUACUUCCCCGCUGGUACUCAGGCAAAGCUUGAGCCGCCGCCGACAGCAACACUGGACAGCGCAAGUGCCAUGACCCUCGACCUGCGGGAGACGCAGGCGAUCGGGCAGGCGAAUGACAUUCUGUUGCAACUGUCUCACAAAAAUCCGAGAUCCCCUAAUGCGGAGGUGAAGUCUCCACCGCCGAUGCUCUCGGAGCCUGCGGCACCGCCGUUGCAGCAGCGCCGACAAGUGCCUUUCCUGCUGCUCUCCCGUCUUUGCUUGCAAGGCAUCUCCGCCCGUGAUGCAAAGAUCGUGGAAGGUAAAGGGCCCUCGCGCGGAUUUGGGGACGUCUCGGAAGUUCAAUACCUGCAAGAAUCGCAACCGAUUAACCAUCUGCUCUCUAGCUAUGCCGUGGGCAUAUGCGUCUGCCUCUUCUGCUUGCUCCUGGGCGAGGCUGCCACUGCCCGGCACUAUGCGAAGGUGCACGGGAAUCUGAUGACGGCCCUGCAGAAGCGGAAGACCACGGCCUUCCGCUUUGGCUUGUGGAAGGUGGGGAAGGUCAUCCUCACCAUCAGCCCCAUCGUGGCAUUGCGGGAGUAUGUCGCUGGCCUUCUCGAACUUGCCUGGCGCGAGUCUCUGACGAGACGGCUCGUUAGCAGAUACCUUUCAGAUGGCACUGCAUCGAAGCGCCAGUCCUUCUACAGCCUUACACUGACGGGUGAAAUCGACAAUCCGGACCAGCGAAUAUGCCAAGAUGUCGGGAGCUUCGUGAACACCGCAGUGUCGCUGUCGCAAGACGUUGUGAGGACCGUUUUGAGCGUCUUAGCCUUCGCUCCGACUCUGUAUGCCAUUUCUCCAGCGGCAUGCUUCGGUGGUAUGGCCUAUGCCAUCCUUGGGACACUGCUUGCAACACGAGGUUUUGGUGCUUGGCUCGGGCUGUACCAGAUGAGAUGCGUCCAGCAGGAAGCUGGUCUUCGAUACAAGCUGAUCCGAGUGCGGGAGAACGCAGAAUCCAUCGCAUUCUUCGAGGGCGGGGAGGCCGAGCUGUCGAAAUUCAACGCAGCGUUUACCACGCUGCUCGACACAGCAUACCAGCGAGUUCUGGUCGCGGCUGGCUACGGCAUGCUCAAUCGGAAUUUUCAGUGGGCGACCUUCGUGGUCACACCCGUCCUGGUCGGCCCUGCGUACCUUAAGGGGAAGGUCGAGUUCGGCGUCAUUGCACAGACGAGUAUGGCCUUUAACACCAUCCUGAACGCGAUGACGCUGGUAAUGCAUCGUCUCGAGGCGCUCAGCGAUGUGUCUGUCCGGGUCCAACGGCUCCAUCGCCUCGACCUCGCCCUCCGAGACUGCCAGGCCGAGCGUGCUGCAUGCAGAAGGCCAGGAGUGCGCGAGCAGCAGUGCAUCCACUCGGACACUGUGGAAGACGGUCCCGUGCGUGUAUGCUUCCAAGAUGUGACUCUAAAGACGCCUCUGCGGGCAGAUGCCGUGCCGCGGGUGCUUUGCAGCCGCUUGAGUUUUGAGCUCUUGGACGGGCAGUCUCUCCUCGUCACGGGUGAGAGCGGUAUUGGCAAGAGCUCACUUCUCCGCGCAGCUGCCGGGCUUUGGACUAACGGCUCAGGCACCAUACAGCUUUGUAACAGGAGUCAUGUAUUCUUUAUGCCGCAGAAGCCCUACAUGUUCCUAGGCUCUCUGCGCAGCCAGUUGCUCUACCCGCGCAUUGACGAUCGCAUGCUCAGCGACGGUGAGCUUGCAGAGGCAUUGAAGCGUGUUCGUUUGGGUGACCUGCUUGAUCGGCAUAACCUUAACGAAACCAAAGACUGGACCAGCAUUCUGUCGUUGGGCCAGCAGCAGCGCAUCAACUUUGCCCGGCUCCUGUUGAUGCCGCAGUCUGAGCUCGCUCUGAUGGACGAGUGCACCUCAGCCUGUGAUGUGCAGAGCGAGUCCCUUCUCUACCAACACCUGCAGAAGCAACUGCGCAGCUAUGUUUCCGUGGGGCACCGUCCAGCCUUGCGGAAGUUCCACAGCCAUGUCCUGUGGCUUCGCCACGUGGAAGGUGACCGGCAGGCGCGUGCAGAAGGCCUCUUCCUGCCGAUGUCUGAGUUCGAGUCCCGCGUCGCCUCGUGA